CCUCAGAGUAGAAGCGAAUCGUACAAUUCGUUGCCAUGCUUUCAGUCGGCCUCCUUUUGCAUAUUCUCGCUUGCGCGAGCAGUUUACCUCUCAAGGAUUUCUUCCCUUUUGGCGAAGGAACCGGGGAUGUUCAGAUUCCAGACAAAAAGCAUGUGUUAGGUGAUGUGUUUAACCUACACUCUACCUACUCGUUUUACAACCACGACUACAACGAUCUACAGGUAUACAUCGAUGGAGUUAUCACCCUGGGAAAACACACUUUCCCCGAGGAACGACACAGGAGAUACCCAUUUCCGCCUUCUGCGCCAUCCAUUGCAGUGUUCUAUGCACCUGUGGCUCUAGCAAAGUCCAGUGCAGUGUUUUUGAGAGAGACUAGGAAUGAAACUAUUUUAAAAAAGGCAACAGACCAUGUGCGAUCUACUUUUAUCAAGGAGAAGGAAUUCAUAGCUAAAGGUGUCGUUAUAUCAACAUGGAAGGAUGUUGUACACCGUCACGCACAUGGAAAACUUCCCAACCAGACGAACACUUUUCAAGUUGUUCUCAUAACGGACGAGAUAAAUACGUUCAGUGUGUUUAACUACAAAGACGAUGGCUUACAGUGGAUUAAGGGCUAUCAUGUACGAUACCAGGGCAAAAGAUAUUUUGAUGCACAGGUUGGCUUCAGCGCGGGGGACCACCUGAGGACAUACCUAUUGCCCGGUUCAGGAACCAAAGAAGUCAAAUUCUUGUCUGAAAAGUCCAAUGUACAGCAUACAGGACAAUGGAUAUUCAAAAUUGGUUGGAAAAACAUGGGAACCUUGAAUGUGGAAUCAGGGGAUAGUUACGUUCAUAGAAACUCGGAAAUAUCGCGCUUUUUCAUACCUGACCAGUAUUUCCAAGGAUGUUACAAAAUACAUGGGUAUCUUUCUUCCCGAAACGCGAGUCAAAUAUGGCGGGGAGUGGGUAUUCGGUCAUGCAUGAUUCUCUGCCACCAGAGAAACCAAAAGUAUGCGGCGCUCCAUAACGGCGACGAGUGUGCCUGCAUGGGCGAUAAAGAGUUUUUGGUGCUGCAGAAAUUGCCAACCUCGUCUUGCAACGUACGAUGUGUUUUCAAUGAGGAGGAUUUCUGUGGUGGAAAGAAUGCGGUUUCGCUGUUUUACGCUGUUGGUAGUUCCAUCUUGUCUGCUGAUGAGAAUUCUGAGGGAAUAACAGAUAUCGAUGAAUGCGAAGACGGUGUAGCCCGAUGUCAUCCAAAUGCUACAUGUACAAAUAUCGCGCCAGGUUUCUGUUGCCAGUGCAACGAUGGGUAUUUUGGAAAUGGCGUUGACUGUGUGAGAGAAGGCACUACAGUUCGUUUAACUGGGAAGUUUUAUGGGAGUGUGAAUGGUGUAGAAGUCAGUGACAUCAUCCUACAUGUUAUUGCUAUCAGUACAGAUGGUCGUGUGUACGCAGUGAUGCGAAACCCACCGCUUGCUUUAGCGCACUUGUUGAAGAUCCUUACUCCGUUAAUUGAUGCUGUUGGUUGGAUUUAUGGUGUGAGGAAAGCCAAGGGGGUCCCUAAUGGAUUCGGCGUCGUUGGAACCAAGAUUAAAAGGAAUGUAGUUGUUACUUUUGACUCUGGUGAAGAAAUACGCAUUUCUCAGAAGUUCAUGGGUAAAAGUCCCAGUGGUCGUCUUAAUACCUUGGAGACUACGAUAAACGGAACAAUCCCAAGCAUCGACCCUUACGCUGUCGUCAGAAUGGAACCUUUCAAAGUAGUGUAUCGACGUGAGGACCGAGGAAAAGUGGAAUCCGAAGGAUCUGCUGCGUUUCGAGUUGGAGAUGAAAUUAAUGGCUUCUCGGUCUUGCAGACUAUCGAGUACGAUGAGCUAAGAGGAUGCGAUCAUGGCUUCUACAGCUUUGAUGUGGAGUCUCGAGUGUUGCUGAACAAAUAUGACUCCAAGCAAAAGUAUUCUUCUGUGGCCAUCCUUUCUAAUAUCGUCAACGCAUCUUUGCCAGACACUCAAAGCCAACAAGGGAACGGUGAUCUGUGUGGGCCCCAAAAGGAGACCUGUCACUCAAAAGCAAAAUGUGUGAGUGAUAAUGGUGUGGAGAAGUGUCGUUGUAACGAUGGUUACCAAGGUGACGGUGUCAAAUGCGAAGAAUUUCAGUGUCCUAAGUGUCAUCCAGAGGCGAAGUGCGUCAAGGACGUAGCUGGUUGGCUAUGCGAUUGUAAUCCAGGAUUCCAGGGAGACGGACUUACUUGUGAACCUGAUGGUACGUGUGAGGGAGUGACAUGCAGUUCGAAUGCUCAGUGCCUGUAUACCGAGGACAACUCGAGGAAAUGUGUCUGUGAUUCAGGAUACGACGGCGAUGGAGAGAGCUGCUCCCCUCGUGAUAAAUGUGAAAGGGUUACCUGUGGGGCCAAUGCUUCUUGCGAUUCCAUAGGAAACUGUGCCUGUAACCGAGGUUUUCAGGGAGACGGACAAAAAUGUGAUGAUGUCAAUGAAUGUAAAGAACGUCCGAGGAAGUGCCACAAUUACGCUGACUGCUCCAACACCGUGGGCUCUUAUUACUGCCGAUGUAAGAAAGGUUUCCGCGGGGAUGGAGUUACAUGCGUUAAGGAUGAGUCGGGGUCACUUUGUAGUGGUCAAAAAUGUCAUCCGCAAGCUCGGUGCCUUGCUUUUCAAAACAAGUUGAACCAAAGAUGCGUCUGUAACAAUGGUUACGAAGGAGAUGGUGUCACGUGCACAGAUAUUAAUGAAUGUUUCGAUAACGUUUGCGAUCCGUUUGCUGACUGCACCAACAAUGAAGGCUCUUAUACGUGCAAAUGUAAACAGGGAUAUUCAGGAAACGGGAAAGAGUGCACUAAAGACUCCGACGGUGGCUGUGAUCGCAACAAAUGUCACGUAUUUGCCUCGUGUGAAGAAAAUCCUAACACAGGUAAAAGGGAAUGUCAGUGUCGGCUCGGCUUCACUGGAAACGGAUUGAACUGUGAAGACUUAAACGAAUGCGUUGUAUUGUUAAGAGAGGACAUUUGUCCGGACAACAAAACCGAAUGCAGAAACACCUUGGGAAGCUUUGAAUGCCUGUGCAGGAAAGGAUACAUGGAAGUCAACCGCAAGUGUGUCUCUGAUGACUCAUGCAUGGGUGCUAAGUGCCAUCCGGAUGCUGAAUGUGAUCCUAUUCGUGGUGGAUGCCUUUGCAAACCUGGUUUCCAAGGCAACGGAAUUAUUUGCGAGGAUGAAAAUGAAUGCAAUGAUACUCGGAGUCCUUGCGACUUGAACGCAGAUUGCAUCAACACAAAUGGUUCUUUCGAGUGUGAGUGCAAAUCAGGAUUUGCGGGCGAUGGACUGCGUUGCGAAAGAGCUGAGGGUAGCUGUAAUGGCGUCGUGUGUGAUGCGCAUGCUCAAUGUGUACAGCCCUUGGAUGGUCCACCGAACUGUGAAUGCGUUGAAGGUUGGACUGGUGACGGGCAGACAUGCUCAGAUGUUGAUGAAUGUCAACCCUUCAAGAAUUUGUGCCAUCCAUUACGAGCUGAUUGCAUUAACACCGUGGGAUCUUACGACUGUCGUUGCAAACCAGGCUACGAAGGAGAUGGCUUCAGUUGUAUAUCUGAUGGUACCUGUGAUGGUGUUCAAUGCCAUGCUAACGCUACUUGCUUUAAAGCGUCUCCUGAGCAACGUGGAUCGUGUGUGUGCCAAGACGGUUGGCAAGGCAAUGGAACACACUGCCAAGACUUAGGUUGUAACGGAGUAUCCUGCGAUGCCAACGCUAAUUGCACCCAAAGUACUCCGGACGAACAGCUGCAAUGCAUCUGUUUGCAGGGGUGGACUGGGAAUGGUCAAACGUGUUUUGACAUAGACGAAUGCCAGCCUUUCUUGAACAAUUGUCAUAGAAAUGGCGAGUGCGUCAACACUGAAGGUUCAUACCUGUGCCGUUGCAGGCCUGGUUUCCAGGGAGACGGCCGUUACAGCUGCGUCUUGGAUGAUAGGUGCGACGGAACACGUUGUGACGUAAACGCGAACUGUGUCUUUGAUGAAGGUCGUCGACAGUGCGUUUGCAAAAAUGGCUGGACAGGAGAUGGAACAAGUUGCUUCGAUGUUAAUGAGUGCGAGCCUUUUAAGAACAACUGCCACCAGGACGCCGAGUGCAUUAACACCGAAGGAUCGUUUUCGUGCCGGUGCAGACCUGGUUACCAAGGCGAUGGUGUUAAAUGUCUUUCUGAUGGUACUUGCGAAGGUGUAACUUGUGACUCCAACGCUGAAUGCAUCCGAGAGUUUCCGGAGCGACGCCGACAGUGCGUUUGUAAAGACGGCUGGCAAGGUGACGGACGGGCUUGCUCUGAUGUUGAUGAGUGCCAGUCAUUUAAAAACAACUGCAGCUCAGACGCACAGUGUUUGAACACCGAUGGUUCUUAUCGAUGUAGCUGUAGGCCUGGAUACCAGGGCGAUGGCUUCGACUGCGUUUCGGAUGGUUCGUGCGAAGGAGUGUUCUGUGAUUCAAAUGCAGAAUGUCGCCGAAGCUCACCCGAAGGUCGUGGACAGUGCACUUGUAAAGAUGGCUGGGAAGGAGAUGGGCGAAAUUGUUUCGAUGUUAAUGAAUGCCAGCCAUUUAAGAACAAGUGCCACCUAGAUGCUGAGUGCCUCAAUAGCGAGGGCUCCUAUGAGUGUCGGUGCAGGCCUGGCUACAAAGGAAACGGCUUCAGCUGCGUUUCGGAUGGUACAUGUGAAGGUAGAGUUUGCCAUCCAAAUGCCGAUUGUUUUCGAAAGUUUCCAGAGGCACGACGACAAUGCAAGUGCCGAGAUGGUUGGCAAGGGGACGGGUUUAGUUGUUCUGACAUCAACGAAUGUCAGUCACCCAGUGACACUGACUGUCACUCAAAGGCUGAGUGCUUUAAUACAGAAGGAUCUUAUGAAUGCCAUUGCAAGCCGGGUUACCUUGGUGAUGGUGUUAACUGCACAUCUGAUGGUUCGUGUGAUGGAGUCUACUGCGAUUCUAAUGCUGACUGUGAGGAGAGUUCUGAUUUUCCACGUCAAUGCAUAUGCAGAAUAGGGUGGAGAGGGAACGGAACUACAUGUGAGGAUAUUGACGAGUGCUUAUCCCCAGCAACCAACUGUGACCUGAACGCUGAUUGUUAUAAUAGCCCGGGGUCUUACCAAUGUCGCUGCCGGCUUGGUUACCUUGGCAAUGGGACUCAAUGCGAAUCCGAUGGUUCGUGUGAUGGUGUGGUUUGUAGUCAACACGGUGUAUGCGUUCCAAAAACUGCUAGCAACCGCGCCCGGCAGUGCGUUUGCGUCGAUGGUUGGGCGGGGGAUGGAAGGAAAUGUGUUGACGUGGACGAAUGUCGAACAAAUAACGGUUGUCAUCAGCAUGCAGAUUGUCUCAACACUCUUGGGUCGUAUUCCUGCCGCUGUAGGCCCGGCUACCAAGGAACUGGCUUUGAAUGUGAAUCUGAUGGCACUUGUGCAGGAGAGGUCUGUCAUGCGAAUGCCACGUGUCAAAACUUGAUUCAAGGACCGAGCUGCGUGUGUAGCAGUGGUUACCAGGGUCCCGGAACGUCGUGCGGUGAUAUCGACGAAUGCAGAACUGGUGACAACAAAUGUCAUUCAGACGCAAACUGCCUCAAUUCUAUCGGUUCAUACACCUGUCAGUGUAAGCCAGGUUACCAAGGGAGUGGAGUCAUAUGUAAAUCCGAUGGCACAUGUGCAGGAGUAAGAUGUCACCCAGAUGCUACAUGCGAACCAAACUCGCCGCUCGGUCCAGUGUGCGUUUGUAAGGAGGGUUACCAAGGCGAUGGUCGUAAAUGUUCUGAUAUUGAUGAAUGUAGCAACGGUGAUGAUAAGUGUCACCCAGAGGCUGACUGUGCAAACACUUUGGGAUCCUACAACUGUUCAUGUAACCUGGGUUUUGAAGGAGACGGAUUCGACUGCAAACCGGACGGCACAUGCGCAGGAGUUGUGUGUGCGGCUGAUGCCGAAUGUAUGACGUUGUCAAACGGUGACAAAUUUUGUGAAUGUAUAGACGGUUUCUCAGGAGAUGGUCUCAAUUGUAGAGAUAUCGAUGAAUGCGCACAACCGAUCCACAAAUGCCACAGGAAGGCAACCUGCGUCAAUCGACCUGGCACAUACCUUUGCCGGUGUAAAAUAGGGUACUUUGGCGAUGGUUUCGACUGCUUAAGUGAUGGCACUUGUGAAGGUGCUGUGUGUGACCUCAAUGCCGUCUGUGUGGCACUCAAUGACAGCGCGGAUCCGGAAAAAGAGUGUCGUUGUAAAGCUGGGUACACUGGAAAAGGAAUAAUCUGCAACGAUAUAAACGAAUGUCUGGAUAAAUCCGUCUGCCCUGAAAAAGCUGACUGUUUCAACUUGGCUGGGUCUUUUAUGUGCAAAUGUCUACCUGGAUACAAGAAGGUUGCAGAAACUUGCAGAAAGGAUUGCAAACUUUGCCUAAAUGGAGGCUCUUGCUCUGAAAACAACACAUGCCUGUGCCCUCCUGGAUUCUCUGGUCAGCGGUGCCAGUGGCAUGGAGACGCAUCGCUUAUCUUCAGUAAAGGAAACAGUAUACAACGCAUGUCUCUUCCUCCUAGACCUAACGGUAUAGGUGUUAUUUACCAGCGACCGGGCGCGGUACAUGUGGGAAUUGACUAUGAUUGUGUAGAACGGCGAGUGUACUGGACCGAGGUCACAAAAGGAGUCAUUGUGCGCGCAAAAUAUGACGGAAGUGAAAUGGAAGUUAUUGUUGACAGCAAAGAAGUCGCAAGUCCAGAGGGGAUUGCGGUUGACUGGAUGGGAAGGAACAUUUACUGGACAGACUCGUGGCUUGAUGCUAUUGAAGUGGCCAAGCUUAAUGGCAGCCAUAGACGUACGCUCGUCUCCUCUGACCUGGUUGAUCCAAGGGCCAUUAUAGUCGAUCCGCCAAAUGGUAAAAUGUACUGGGCCGAUUGGAGCCGAAACCGACCAAAGAUAGAAGUUGCAAACAUGGAUGGAACCGAUAGGCGGAUCGUUGUAAGCUCACAACUCAGUCUUCCAAAUGGCUUAACAAUUGUCCACUCAACAAACGAGCUAUGCUACUCUGAUGCCGGCAUGUGGGCUAUUUCCUGUGUAAAUCUAGGAGACCUGAGCAUGCGUAAAGCAUAUAAUCCAGCUCCCUAUCCGUUUGGUAUAACCAAUUUCAACAGGACUCUGUUCUGGACGGACUGGACUCUUGGAAGAAUUCAGAGAAUGGGAAUGAACUCUAAAUUCCCUGACAAGCCUUUAAGGUCAUUUGUAGGAAGCAACGGGAAGAUAUUUCACAUUAAAGCUGUCCAACCGUGUGGAAGGAUUGCCGCUGCCAUCAAGAACCCAUGUGCCGAUGCAAAUGGCGGCUGCCUGGGUUUGUGCCUCUUGAAGUCGAAAACCUACUCAUGUUCAUGCCCCGAUGGACUUCAUCUUGUAAGGGCUGGAAAUGUAACCAAAUGUCAAGAAAAAUGUGACAGUGCUCUUGGAAUGGAGAACGGCUUAAUAAAUGGUAAACAGCUCGUUGCACAUUCAGCUUUGAAUGCCCGUUACGGUGCAUCACGUGCUCGACUGCACCUGAGAGAAUGGCCUCAGGGGUGGAGUGCGCAGAAAAAUGACCCGUCGCCAUGGUUACAAAUUGACUUGGGUGAGGUUCGCUCUGUAACCGCAGCAGCAACGCAGGGUUAUGGGGAAGAUAAGAAGAAACAAUGGGUAAAGACGUAUGCGCUCAUGACAUCCGUUGACGGAGAGAGAUGGACCGUUUAUAGGGAAGGAGGAAGGAAACGGAUAUUUAUAGGGAACGUAGACACAGGAUCGGUGGUGCGAAACGAACUGAAGAUGCCGUUGAGGACUCGCUGGCUCAGAAUAGUCCCUCGUUCGUGGAAUAACCACAUUGGAAUGCGGGUGGAAUUUUAUGGCUGCUGAACCGACAACGGAACGACCUUCAUUUCCAAGCGGCGCAGGAAGAGAAAGUUACACAAAUCACCUUGGCAACAGAAAACAGAUCAGUAACAUUUUAACCUGCUAGGAAAAGAGCUGGAUCUGUGGCAAAUAGCUUGACUGUAUUUCUCUUGGUUUUUUUCCUCUCUAAAAUGGAUAUAAGCUGGAAGAAGAGUUAUUUUUUUCAAUAGCUGGCAGUGUUAUCUAUUCAAUUUGGCCUCGAAAUGUCCUAGAAUUAAUAUAGACAGUACUUCAAAGGGCUACCUUUGAGUAACGUGUAGGAAAAAAUCUGUAUUUUUAGUAGAAUGUCGUAAAGAAACAUUCUAUUAUGAUAGCAACGAACGUGCUCAAUACGAAUGAAUCGAAGUAACAUAUUUCAAAGCUUUCUUGGAGUAUAUACCCAAACCCUAGUUAAACUCUAAACCAACAUUUUGUGACAAAAAAUUGUCCCUUCUAGCUACAAUACAAUUUCUCUCCAAUUAGUUCAGAGAAUUUCUAAUUAAAUCGAAGCAACACCCAACACAUGAUGCACCUGUUUUCUUUGCGAUUUAAUAAUUAUUUCAUUUAUAAGGGGAGAAGCAUGUCUAUUAUUUCUGGGAGGAAAAAUGUCAAAGUUGGACCUCGAUUUGAACACAAAACUGCAGUAUUCCAAAGUCAAUGUAGCCAAGCCAGGCACAGAAGUUUUAUAUGUGUGAAUUUAGUUUGACUAUUGCAUGUCAAAAAUAAUGCCUAGUCAGAUAUGCCAUCAAUUAGGAUUCCUAAACAACAUCAGCGUUAUCGUUGUAUCUGGAUUAAAUAGAUCAAAAUUUUGUGAAGACCUUAUUAAAUUUACACUGUUUUUCUUAGCCCAAAAA